AUCCGGCCAAUAGCCACUUCCGGGGAAGGAAAGGGAAGGCAGAGGCACCGGAAGUGGCGCCUGAGGAGAAGCGGGAGGCGGAGGAGGCGGAGGAGGCGGAGGAGGCCGGCGCCCUGGUCCCUCCCCGGAGCGGAGGUUUGCCAACAUGACCGAGACAGCGGAUAGCCUCCACUUCCAGUUUGACAACUACGGCGACGCCAUGCUGCAGAAGAUGGACAAGCUGCGGGAGGAGAACAAGUUCUGCGACGUCACGGUCCGCAUCGACGACCUCGAGGUGCCCGGCCACAAGAUCGUCUUUGCCGCCGGCUCCCCGUUCUUGAGAGACCAGUUCCUGCUGAACGACUCCCGGGAGGUGAAGAUCUCCAUCCUGCAGAGCGCCGAGGUCGGGAGGCAGCUGCUCCUCUCCUGCUACAGCGGCGUCCUGGAGUUCCCGGAGAUGGAGCUGGUCAACUACCUGACGGCGGCCAGCUUCCUCCAGAUGAGCCACAUCGUGAAGCGCUGCACGCAGGCGCUGUGGAAGUUCAUCAAGCCGAAGCAGCAGCCGCUGGAGAGCAAAGAGGAGAGCGCGCGGCCGACGAAGACGGCCGGGGUGGAGGAAGAGGACGACGAUGAAGAAGACUCCUUGCAGGCGGAUUCACCCUGCAUCCAGCCCUCCGAGGACAGCAUGGACAUGGAGGACAGCGACAUCCAGAUUGUGAAGGUGGAGUCCAUCGGGGAGGCCUCGGAGGUCCGGAGCAAGAAGGACCAGAGCCCGUUUGUUUCCUCGGAGCAGCAGCAGAGCUCCCUGCAUUCGUCGGAGCCGCAGCACUCGCUCAUCAACUCCACGGUGGAGAACCGGGUCGGGGAGGUGGAGCGGGGCCAGCUCCACAACUACGCGCUCUCCUACGCCGGGGGCGAGAACCUCCUGGCGGCCUCCAAGGACAUGUUUGGCCCCAACGCCCGGGGGCUGGACAAGGGCCUGCAGUGGCACCACCAGUGCCCCAAGUGCACCCGGGUCUUCCGGCACCUGGAGAACUACGCCAACCACCUGAAGAUGCACAAGCUCUUCAUGUGCCUCCUGUGCGGCAAGACCUUCACGCAGAAGGGCAACCUGCACCGGCACAUGCGGGUCCACGCCGGCAUCAAGCCCUUCCAGUGCAAGAUCUGCGGGAAGACCUUCUCGCAGAAGUGCUCCCUGCAGGACCACCUCAACCUCCACAGCGGGGACAAGCCCCACCGCUGCAACUACUGCGACAUGGUCUUCGCCCACAAGCCCGUCCUGCGCAAGCACCUCAAGCAGCUCCACGGCAAGAACAGCUUCGACAACGCCAACGAGCGCAGCGUCCAGGACGUGGCCCCGGAUUUCGACUCCUUCAGCUGCUGCAGCUCCGGGACGGACUCCAAAGGCGGACCACCGCCCGGCGACGGCGGGCAGGCCCUGGCGCAAGCGGUGCUGAGCUUGCGGAGCGAGAACAUGAAUUGAAAGCGGGCUCCGGAGGGGAGCUUCUGCCUCUCUCCUUGCGCAGGACUUUGGGCAUUGAACACAGGAUGAGAAAACGUGGUUGGACCCACAAAGGUUGCCUCCGGUUCUGCAUUCCUCUUUCCAAUAACAUCCACCACAGAUGAGUUUUUAAGCUAAUUUUUCAAAAAUAAUUACAACAACAACAACCCUGGACUUUGUGAAAGAAAAGAGGGAAGAAGCAGCACUGGAUCACUGUAAGCUCUUGAUAUUUGAUAAGACUCUUAUGCAACGUUUACCUUUGUACGGUUUGUUUAAAACAUCGGGAACUACCCGUCUUGUUCUUAAGCAAUUUUUAUAGACCCCCAGGACUUCCUUCCAUCCCUGGAGGUUUCCAUGGUUUGAGGAGCUUUUAAAUAAGCCCCCCACUCAAAAUAUAUAUAUAUAUUCCAGCUUAUUUAAUCUUGUUUUAAAAGAAAACAGUCAUUUCUCAAAAUGAGUUGAGUUCAAAAUGAUAUAGGUUGUUGUUGUAGGGUGCAUUUACUCCUCCCAACCUAGCAGUUUGAAAACAUGCCAGUGCGAGUAGAUCAAUAGGUACUGCUCUGGCGGGAAGGUAACGGCGCUCCAUGCAGUCAUGCCUAUGGCCACAUGACCUUGGAGGUGUCUACGGACAACGCCGGCUCUUCGGCUUAGAAAUAGAGAUGAGCACCAACCCCCAGAGUCGGUCACGACUGGACUUAACGUCACGGGAAACCUUUACCUUACCUAGGGUGCGUUUUGAGCAGUCUCUACAGACACUGGAUUUUUCCCAGCGCAUAAAUCUUACUCCCAGUUGCCCACCCCUGUUUUCAAGUGGGAGCAAAACCCAAAUUUUCUUAACUCCUUAAGUCCCUUUCCUAAUGAAGACAGGUGAAAACCGCUGGGAAAGGUUGGCCUUUGUGUUGCCGAAGGCUGUCGUGGCCGGAAUCACUGGGUUGCUGUGAGUUUUCCGGGCUGUCUGGCUAUGUUCCAGUGACCACAUAUGUGGCAGGCAUCCUCAGAAGUUGGGAGUUCUGUUGGAAACUUGGCAAGUGGGGUUUAUAUAUCUCCGAACGCUUGUCUGUUUGAGGCAAGUGUGAAUGUUGCCAUUGGUCACCUUGAUUUGUAUUGAAUGGCCCUGCAGCUGCAAAGUCAAUCAGUGAGGGUAUCUGCAUAGAGGUCUGCUGAAAUUGAGGCAAGUGGAGUGUAUAUAUCCCUGUGGAAUAAUAUCCAGGGUGGGGAAAAAAACUCUUUGUCUGUUUGAGGCAAGUCUGAACGUUGCAAUUGACCUCCUUGAUUAACAAUGAAUAGAAUUGCACCUUCAAAGCCUGGCUGCUUCUUGCCUGGAGGAAUCCUUUGUUGGGAGGUGUUAGCAGGCCCUGAUGGUUUCCAACAAACCUCACAACCUCUGAGGAUGCCUGCCACAGAUGUGGGCGAAACGUGAGAAGAGAAUGCUUCUGGAACACCUUAGUAUUGAAUAGCCCUGCAUCUUCAAGGCCUGGCUGCUUUCUGCCAGGGGGAUCCUUUGUUGGGAGGUGUUAGCAGGCCCUGAUUGUUUCCUGCCUGUUUCCAACCUCUGAGGAUGCCUGCCACAGAUGUGGGCGAAACGUGAGAAGGGAAUGCUUCUGGAACACCUUAGUAUUGAAUAGCCUUGCAUCUUCAAGGCCUGGCUGCUUUCUGCCAGGGGAAUCCUUUGUUGGGAGGUAUUAGCAGGCCCUGAUUGAUUCCAACAUACCUCACAACCUCUGAGGAUGCCUGCCACAGAUGUGGGUGAAACGUGAGAAGGGAAUGCUUCUGGAACACCUUAGUAUUGAAUAGCCUUGCAUCUUCAAGGCCUGGCUCCUUUCUGCCAGGGAAAUUCUUUGUUGGGAGGUGUUAGCAGGCCCUGAUUGCUUUCUUCAAUGUGGGUGAAACAUCAGGAGAGAAUGCUUCUGGAACAUAGUCUGGCAAACUCACCGCAACCCAAGGUUGUUCUUGUUUGGCCUCAGAUGAGUUGCCUUUCCUUUUUUCCUCUGGAACCUUUGGCCCUUCCGAUUUGUCUGACUUCAACUCCCAGUAUCCUUGCCUUUUCGUGGCUGGGGCUGCUGGGAACCGGACCCCAAUGACGUGGAAGGCUAGGGAUUCAGGGAUGGCGCUCUUGACUCUUCUCAGGCUCCUUUUUGCCCACACAGACCUGUGGAAACGAUGUGCUUAGGCUAGAACGGUUGUCGUCGGUCGGUGGCACGUCUCCAUUGUCUUGUGUCUUUGUCCUUCCGCUCCUUCCUCCGUUUCCACCCGUGUCUGCCCUUCCCAAUUGUCCCUCUCGCCACGUCCUCUCCGUGUUACGUUUCCGUGUGCGUGUGUGUCUGGUGCUUAGAAUCUGUCGUCGGCACUCGAGGAAGUAGUUAGAAGCGAUAUUAGAGACGUAGGGGUAGAAGAAGGCGUUGGUGGAGAGAAAUUCUGGAGCAGCCAAUGAACGAUUAAACCUUUUAUUGUCUAA